GUCAAAUUCUUAUAUGGUGGAUGAUAUUUAGGAAAACCAAAAGAAAAUUGAGAGAGAAGGGUCAUUUGAAAUUUUGGGUUGCACAUCCUUCCCGAUCGAUCAAAACAUUUUUGCAAAAUUUCCACCGUCAACCCUGAUCAUAAUCCCAUUUCAUCAAGAAAAUCUUGGUGAAGUUGAUAGUAAUCACGGAAGAUGAUGUACGUGAAGGCGACACCGACGACGGAUCUGAAUCGAAACACGGACUGGUUCACGUAUCCAGGAGUAUGGACAACGUACAUCUUGAUCCUGUUCUUUUCAUGGCUUCUGAUUCUUUCGGUUAUUGGUUGCACCCCUGGCAUGGCAUGGACCAUCGUUAAUCUCUCCCACUUCCUGGUUACAUAUCACUUUUUCCAUUGGAUGAAAGGAACUCCGUUUGCUGAAGACCAGGGGAUGUAUAACAGGCUGACCUGGUGGGAGCAGAUAGACAAUGGGAAGCAGCUUACUAGAAACAGAAAGUUUUUAACCGUCGUACCUGUGGUGCUGUACUUAAUGGCCUCACACACAACUGAUUACCAGCAUCCAAUGCUGUUCCUCAACACAGUUGCUGUACUUGUGCUGGUUAUUGCCAAGUUCCCCAAUAUGCAUAAGGUCCGUAUCUUCGGAAUUAAUGGAGAUAUGUGACCACUGACUGAUGCUGAUCACUCAUCAAGUUUGGAACCCCUCCCCCCUUCUCUAGUUCUUAACUCUUUUUGUUCUGAAAUGGGUAAUAUCACUGUAUAGUAAGUCAAGAUUGGAAAAAAGGUUAUCUUGCUGUGUACCAUUUUUGUUUCUCUGCCUUCCUGUUCUACGAGAUACCAAAAAUAACAUGAUGAGUCAUCUUUGUAUAGUGGAAGUUUACUGCAUUUCAGGAGAUUCAUAUCAGAAUUAUGUUAUACAUCUAAAUUGCUCUUUGUUUU